UCAGUGUAGUCACACCAUAGCUGUGUUUACAGCAGCCGACUGUGUGCAGUGUGUAGUGCUGUGUGUUAGUUACUCUGUGUAACAGUAAAUAAUAAAGUGCGCGUGUGUGUGUGUGGGUCUCACGCAGUGUUAGUGUGAGUGGCUGUUCUGUGAGUCUGGAGCUCUGAGAGACUCUGAGAGAGACUGUAAGAGUUGAGUUAAGGAUGGAGAGAUAGAAACAUUUCUCUCUCUCUCUCUGUUUAUUAUCUGGUUUUAGUUAGUUAGUCUGGUUGGAGUUGGAGGGAUGCGCUCUCUGAGUUUUGUUCAGCGGGUGUGUCUGGACUUCACGGGCACUCUGUUCCCGCACGCUAUUUGUCUCGGAGACGCGGAUAAUGACUCGUUGAAUGAGCUUGUGGUUGGUGACACUAGUGGGAAGCUCUACAUCUAUAAGAAUGAUGAAUCCAAGCCCUGGAUGACCAGAACCUGUGUGGGAAUGCUAACCUGUGUUGGAGUAGGAGACAUCUGCAAUAAAGGCAAGAACCUUGUGGUGGCAGUAGGUGCAGAAGGAUGGUUUCACCUUUUCGAUAUCGCUGCUGCUGCAGCUAAAGCUGAUUCCUCCAGUCAGACAGAUGUGGAUGAGCAGAAACCUUGCUUUACUCAGCACAUCCCUGCCAACACCAAAGUCAUGCUGAUCAGUGAUAUUGAUGGUGAUGGACGCAGUGAGCUUGUGGUGGGUUACACAGACCGGGUGGUGCGAGCGUUCCGGUGGGAGGAGUCCACAGAUUCCUCUGACCUGAGUGGUGGUCAGUUGGUCUUUCUAAAGAAGUGGCUUCUGGAAGGACAGGUGGACAGUUUAUCAGUAAAUCCAGGUCCAGAGGGCCUGCCUGAACUCAUGGUGUCACAGCCUGGCUGUGGCUAUGCUAACCUGCUCUGCUCUUGGACACAAGAGGGUGCUGCAGGACCGGGAGAGGAUGCCUCAGCUGCCUCUUCAAGUGAAGGGCCCUCAAGAGACCUUAUUCUUCACUUGACCACCGGCCGCAUCCACAACAAGAACGUGUCCACCCAUUUGAUAGGCAGCAUCAGCAGAGGAUCGAAGGAAGACGACUCUAAAGGAGGAUUAUUUGCUCUCUGCACUUUAGAUGGUACUCUGAAGCUCAUGGACAGUUCUGAGCAGCUGCUGUGGUCUGUGCAGGUGGAUCACCAGCUAUUUGCCCUGCAGAAACUGGAUGUAACUGGUGAUGGGAGAGAGGAGGUUGUGGCAUGUGCCUGGGAUGGCCAGACUUACAUCAUCGACCAUAACCGCAUGGUGGUUCGCUUCCAGUUUGAUGAGAAUGUGAAUGCCUUCUGUGCUGGCCAGUAUGCCUGUAAGGAGGGCAGGAAUAGCCCAUGCCUGGUGUACGUGAGCUUCAGCCACAAGAUUUACGUGUACUGGCGAGUUGAGCUGGAGCGCAUGGAGCCCACCAGCCUGCAGAGAGUGCUGGAGGAAAGACCAGAAUACACAGAUCUGCUUCACAAACUAGGAGUGGACCCCAGUGACACUGAUGCUGUUCGGAGGCUCAUUGGAGAUGUGCUGUACAGAGACUCAGAGAAGGACAAGGCAGAUUAACCCCAGACUUUUUUCAGACACCAUCAUAUAUACACUGUAGAAUAAAUGACAAAAUUGUAUUAAUUUA